UUUCAGCCAUAUAAAUACUGGUAACAUCUCUCUCCUUGAACAUCCACAGACAAACAGAUCAAACACUAGUUAUUCGAUCAAUCUGAUCAUUUUCUCUGCAGAUUUUAACGAUGGUGCUUUCGAAAACAGCUUCGGAAUCAGAUGUUUCUGUCCAUUCCACUUUUGCUUCUCGCUAUGUUCGAACUUCUUUUCCAAGGUUCAAGAUGCCGGAGAAUUCGACGCCGAAAGAGGCUGCAUAUCAGAUCAUAAACGAUGAGCUGAUGCUGGAUGGGAACCCCAGGCUUAACUUGGCCUCUUUUGUGACCACAUGGAUGGAGCCAGAGUGUGAUAAGCUUAUGAUGGCCUCCAUCAACAAAAACUAUGUUGACAUGGAUGAAUACCCUGUCACCACUGAGCUUCAGAAUCGAUGUGUAAACAUGAUAGCACAUAUGUUCAAUGCACCUUUGGGGGAAUCGGAAACUGCUGUAGGAGUUGGAACAGUUGGUUCAUCUGAGGCUAUAAUGCUAGCCGGCCUUGCUUUUAAGAGAAGGUGGCAGAACAGGCGCAGAGCAGAGGGCAAGCCUUGUGACAAGCCAAACAUAGUCACGGGAGCAAAUGUCCAGGUAUGCUGGGAGAAGUUUGCAAAUUACUUUGAGGUAGAGUUGAAGGAAGUGAAACUGAGUGAGGGUUACUAUGUAAUGGACCCUGUGAAAGCUGUUGAACUGGUGGAUGAGAACACCAUUUGUGUUGCUGCAAUCUUGGGCUCAACUCUCAAUGGAGAAUUUGAAGAUGUUAAGCUCUUGAAUGAUUUACUGAUGGAAAAGAACAAGCAGACAGGAUGGGAUACACCAAUUCAUGUAGAUGCAGCUAGUGGUGGAUUCAUUGCACCAUUCCUAUAUCCGGAGCUCGAGUGGGACUUUCGCCUGCCUCUAGUGAAGAGCAUCAAUGUUAGUGGCCACAAAUAUGGACUUGUGUAUGCUGGCAUUGGUUGGGUUAUUUGGAGGAGCAAAGAGGAUUUACCAGAAGAACUUAUUUUCCACAUUAACUACCUUGGAGCCGAUCAACCAACGUUCACUCUCAAUUUCUCCAAAGGUUCAAGUCAGGUUAUUGCGCAGUAUUAUCAGCUAAUCCGCUUGGGCUAUGAGGGUUAUCGAAAUAUAAUGGAGAAUUGUCAAGAAAAUGCAAUGGUGCUAAAAGAAGGUCUGGUGAAAACAGGACGAUUUAACAUUGUGUCAAAAGACAAUGGAGUCCCCCUGGUGGCCUUCUCUUUGAAGGACAAUAGUCGUCACAAUGAGUUUGAAAUUUCAGAUACGCUUAAACGUUUUGGUUGGAUCGUGCCAGCAUACACCAUGCCCGCGAAUGCACAACAUAUCACAGUUCUUCGAGUUGUCAUAAGGGAAGAUUUUUCACGCACACUUGCUGAGCGACUUGUGCUAGACAUUAUUAAGGUGAUUAAUUACUUGGAUGCUCUUCCUUCGAGUUUUACUGCCAAGGUGAAAACUGAUGAUGAACUGGAAGAGAAGGUGAAAAAUGGGACUGUUGUGAAGAAAACAGCUAUAGAGACUCAAAGAGAAAUUACUGAUGUUUGGAAGAAAUUUGUCAUGGCUAGGAAAGCAAAAGUAAUUUGCUAAAGCUUGAGCACUAGGGAUUCUGUUCGUUUCGGUUUUGCUUACUGAUAUGGCUAACGUUUUACAAUUUACAGUUUAUAAGGGAAGAUUUGUUACCCAGAGACAGUUGCAUGAAACUGUGUUAUGACUAUUAUGAUCUUAUUUUCUACACCUAAUUGAGAAGUUUGAGUCCUUUGGCUCUUGUAAUAAGAGGUACUUGUUUAAGCUAAUGUAUGGGAAUAUUUAUCAAA